UCCUUCUGUGAGCUUAUCGGAGAACAGCAAGAGCGCAUGCGCAUUUCAUUCCGCGUGGGAGAUUUGUAGAGGCUGUAUCGUUCCUGUGCGCUGUUGCUUCGCCUGCUUUUCAAAUAAUCCGCCAAAAUGGAGAGUUCUUUGUAUAAGCCUCUACCUCAAGAAACAGUGACGCGUCUUAACAUUCAGCCAGAAGGCUCGCAGGAGGCUGAGGCCUUUGUGAAAGCCUUCCUGAAGCGCAGUUUGCCCCAGAAGAGCAACAAAGCCAUCGAAGAGCACCUGACCUACAAAGCCGUGGUCCUGGAGCAUUUCCACAAGCGGAGGAAGAGGCAGAAGAAGAAGAAGAAGAAAGGGAAAGGGCUGUCUGUCAAACAGAGGAGCGAAAUGCGACUCUUUGAGAUCAAACCAGAGCAGCAGAGGUAUGAGAUAUUUGUCCCAUUGCACGAAUUAUGGAAGCAGUACAUCAGAGACCUCUGCAAUGGACUCCGGCCUGAUGCGCAGCCACAGAUGAUUCAAACAAAACUGCUAAAAGCGGAUCUCCACGGAGCUCUCGUUACAGUCACGAAAUCCAAGUGUCCCUCCUACGUUGGCAUCACGGGUUUCAUCGUGCAGGAAACGAAGCAUGUUUUCAAAAUCAUCACAAAAGAAGACAAACUCAAAAUUAUCCCCAAGUUUAACAAUGUCUUCAGCAUCGAGCUUGAUGGGUUUAUGUCCUACAUCUACGGAAGCCGGAUCCAGUUCCGUGCCAGCGAGCGUUCUGCAAAGAAGUUCAAAGGGAGAGGAACCCUUGAUCUGUAGCUUUCCUGGAGAGUCGGGAACUGAUACGGUCUCCAAGAAGUGGGAAGUACUCACAGCUAGACUUUCCAACUCAUGCUCUACUAGCCAGCUGAGACUUUAACACAGAAUUGGGCGUAACUUACGAACUGAAAUAAUGCAUGUGCUGUUUGCAGUAGGUGCCCUUUCAAACCAACUUGAAUUUUCCUUAACAUGUUUCAGAGUUGAGUAUUUUGUAAACUCUUUGUUUUUAUUUAUUUUCUUAAACACAGUGCAAUUACAGAUCCAUAAUGGCUCCGUAUUGCUAUGCUACAUAUUGACAACUUUGCCACCGCCUCCAGAAUCAUAGAUGCUGCUCCAAAUGCAUCUUAAAUUUCACUCUUGUAAACCACAACACCUCCCAUUCCACAGCACUGAACCCUGAUAGUCAAAAGUGGCAUCAAACUCCAUUCAUUCCACAGUGUAGAUGCACUCUUUGAAACUUGGUGGGGUUCAGGUCAGAAGAUGGCUCAUAGUAACUACAUCUGUGAUGUAGAUACUUGUCCAAUAUUUGUUAAAUAAAAUAAUUCCAGCCA